ACGGGACGUGACGUCGGAUUCUGCAGCACAUAAACAUACCACCCAACUCAUGCGCCAUCUUGUAGCUAGGAACCGACCAGAAUAAAACAUUGUUUAAAACCUCAGUGCAGUUUAAUUUCUAUCGAAAUACUGCGUUGUAUUAUAUAUACUGAGAAAUGAGUGACAUUGAAGAUGGAAAUUACGGAGGACGGGGGUCACGCUCCCCAUCUAAAUCGGAUCGUGGAAGUCCAGCUCGGGUCAAGUCAGAGAGCAGGUCCGGCUCCCCGAGCCCAUCCCGGGCCUCCAAGCGCUCUGAGUCCAGAUCCCGCUCUCGGUCAAAAUCUAGGUCUCGCUCAAGGCGGCACUCAAACCGCCGCUAUAGCCGUUCACGCUCUCGGUCCUAUUCCCACCGGAAGAAGUCCCGCUCUCGUUCGUACAGCCCCGAGUACCGCCGCAGGAGGAGCCAGAGCACUUCCCCUAUGUCAAACCGGCGGCGUCACACCGGCAGCAGGAGCCAUGACUUCACUAAAGAAGCAUGCAGUCAUGGCGGUGAUGCUGAUGUUAGGGCAAACCCUGACCCCAGCACAUGUUUGGGAGUGUUUGGCCUGAGCCUGUACACCACAGAGCGUGACCUGAGGGAGGUGUUUUCACGCUAUGGUCCUCUGGCAGGGGUCAAUGUGGUGUACGACCAGCGCACGGGUCGCUCCCGUGGCUUUGCCUUUGUAUACUUCGAGAGAAUUGACGAUUCCAAAGAGGCAAUGGAGCGAGCCAAUGGCAUGGAGCUGGAUGGGAGGCGCAUCAGAGUGGAUUAUUCUAUUACCAAACGACCUCAUACCCCCACACCAGGAAUCUACAUGGGCCGACCAACUCACAAUGGUGGCGGCGGAGGUGGUGGUGGUGGUGGUGGCGGCGGCAGUAGCAGCAGCAGGAGGGGGAGAGACUCGUAUUAUGAUCGUGGCUAUGACCGCUAUGACAGAUACGACGAGUAUGACUAUAGUCGCCGCCGCUCUCCGUCACCCUACUACAGUCGAUACAGGUCUCGCUCAAGGUCUCGCUCCUACAGCCCACGACGAUACUAAGUUGCUUCUUUCAACGAUCAGCUUCCUUCCAAUAAUUGAUGGUGUGUGAUUCAUCAAGGUGUUUCUAAGAGGAACAUUUUGAAUUAGCAUGUCUAUAUCAACAGAACUCCUAAGUUUCAGAUAGUUCUUGUUUACAUGCGAUAGAUGUCUUGAUUUUUUUUUUAGACGUUAUAAUGCAUCUGUGAGUAUGAGCAACAAAGUCAGCAACUGUUACUGUUGCUUCAUUAGGGACUUGCAUCUUUCCCUCCCUUUUAAUUGCCUGCAGCAAUGACACCUUUGUCAAAAGAGGGUGAUUGAGAUUUAUUGCACUGAUCACUAUUUACGUGGUCCUGGUAAUGAUGGGGACAGAAAACUGUGUUUUAGUAAAUAAUGGUGACACUUAAUUUUACAACCUGUAACUAUUGUAUGCUAUAAGUAACUAUUAAGAACACCCUCGAAAGAUAACGGAUUAAUCUCAUUGUUAACCUAGAAGUAACUGAGUUUGCUGGUAAGUAGCAGGUAAACCGGGCUGUAAAAGUAAGUGUUACUACCAAUCAGUUGUUUGUUCUCUGCUCACAUUCAAAGUCGCUGGAGGAAUUUUUUUUUUUUUUUUUUUUUUUUUUUUUUUUUUAAGUCAUUUGCAUUUCUCCAGAGUUUUAUUAUCAUGUAUUACUUUUUUUUUUUUUAUUGUUGUUUGUUUGUAUGGAAAUACAACUACAUGAAAACUCC